UUUAUUCAUUCUUGCUUUGCUGCUUCUCUACUCUGCUCUCUCUCUCUCUUUUACGCGGUUGUUGUUAUCGAUAUUAUACGAAUCUAAAAUCCGCCAUUGCAAAUGACAUGCAAUUCAUCCACACAAUUCAUCAACUAGGAAGCUUGAACUGAAGAAUCGUUUUAUCGGAGCUGCAAUUGACGACGGACAAUGGCGGAUCGUCGAGCGGAAGGCUUUUUCAAAGGGGAGGUGCUUACUUACGCUUACCUUCUUCUCUAUAUUGCUCUCUCCAGUGGCCAGAUCUUCUUCAACAAGUGGGUCUUGUCCUCGAAGGAAAUCAAUUUUCCUUAUCCUCUUGCUUUGACUCUACUCCACAUGAUCUUCUCGUCCAUCUUAUGCUUUAUACUCAUUAAAGUGUUCAAGGUUCUGAAGAUUGAGGAAGGUAUGAGUGCGGAAAUGUAUGCUACGUCAGUAAUCCCGAUCGGUGCAACCUUUGCAAUGACUCUUUGGCUGGGAAACACAGCUUACCUGUAUAUCUCUGUUGCCUUCGCACAAAUGCUGAAAGCAAUCAUGCCAGUUGCCGUUUUUAUUCUUGGAGUUGCAGCGGGUCUUGAGUUAAUGAGCUGUAGAAUGUUACUGAUCAUGUCAGUGAUAAGUUUUGGCGUUCUAGUGGCUUCGUAUGGAGAAAUAAACAUCAGUUGGAUUGGUGUUGUUUACCAAAUGGGAGGCGUUGUAGGGGAAGCUCUGAGACUAAUUUUCAUGGAGAUCCUGGUUAAAAGAAAGGGCCUAAAAUUGAAUCCUAUAUCUAUCAUGUACUAUGUUAGUCCCUGCAGUGCCCUUUGCCUGCUCAUUCCAUGGAUCUUUCUGGAGAAACCAAAGAUGGAAGCACGUGAAUCAUGGAAUUUUCCUCCUGUUAUACUAGUGCUCAACUCUCUCUGUACUUUUGCACUCAACCUCUCAGUUUUCCUUGUUAUUACACAUACAAGUGCCUUGACUAUUCGUGUUGCUGGAGUUGUCAAGGACUGGAUUGUGGUCUUAUUGUCUGCUCUUUUAUUUGCGGAUGUAAAGUUGACCAUUAUUAAUCUCUUUGGAUAUGGCAUUGCCAUUGCCGGAGUUGUGGCGUACAACAAUCACAAGUUGAAAAAGGAAGCUUCACGAGGAAGUCCUAAUGAUUCUGAUCAGCCUGAAUCCAUCCCAAUGGUCACAUCCUCGUCCAGCAACAAAUAGUUACUUUGUUUGGGCUAUUUGGUGUAGUUAUCAUGAGAUGCACCUUUUAAUGUACUGUGUUUUGUCGCUGCUACUGUGAUAAGAAACGUAAGUUCGCUGAUGGUAGGGACAGAUUCAGACAUAUAGAGAUAUGUUAUCCACAGUCUAUUGUUAAAAGUAAAGAUCAACCGACGUGAAUUCUUUGGCAGUUCUAUAACUUUCUAUGUUCAAUUUUCAAACCCCACACCGAUGAACUGACAACCAGUGACACAGUCUCUUGCUGGUUAAGCGAAAAUGAAACCAUAUGGCAAUUGUCAGGUAGAUUCAAAACAAAGAUCUUUUAUGUGUAGAUUUGUUCCCAGCUUAUAGAAAUGAUUCAGAUUGUUUUACAUAUAGCAUUGGAAUUGAGCUUUCUUGGUUCCGAUGGUUGUUGCAACUGUCCAAACAUAUUGUACUGUUGUGAAUCUCAAUGGUUUUACAAUCUUUCAGAAUUCUGAUAGAAAGUUCUUACCGUUUCAAUACUGUCUGUACAACGUUCUGUGGAGUUUAAAAUUUGUUGGCCUGAUUCCCAUUUUUUUAA